AUGGACUACUCGGUGGGCGUGCUGCUCAGGAAGGCUGAACGCACCGUGAACAUGUUCGCCUGCCUGGCGCCCUUUGACCUAUCGCUAUGGGCAUGCAUCGCGGGCACGGUGCUACUGGUGGGCAUCCUGGUCUACCUGCUCAACUGGCUCAACCCGCCGCGCCUGCCCAUGGGCUCCGUUUCCUCCACCACCCUCUACAACUCCAUGUGGUUCGUCUAUGGCUCAUUCGUCCAGCAGGGUGAGUUGAUUUCCUUUUAA